AAGCUUUUUUUCUAAUAUCUAAAUCCAUUAUCCAAUUCCAAGUUUCCAACUUUAGCUUAUAGCUUCUUAAAAAUCCUUUUUUUCCUUUGUGUUCUUGCAUCUUGUUGUUCAACAACACCACCAUCUUGUUGUUCUUAAUCCCACACACAAUCAUUUGUUGUUGUUUUGUUCAUCAUUUCAAUUUUCAGGUUCACAGGUUUGACUUUAAGGAGCUUCGGAAAAAAAACUUGCCCUUUAAUCUUUAUCAUAAGGUUAAUUAUAUCUAUUCACCAUCAUAAUCUUGAGCUAAGUUUCCAUACUGCAAUUUAUAUCCAUUCUUGAAAGAAUCUGCUAGAAGUUUCACUGAACAUGGAAAUGCCUUAGGCAGUUGCUUGGAAUAUAGCAGAGGCAUUCUGAAUCCUACUUGGGUUUAUUGAGCUUUCAAUGGGAGGUGUAUUCGGAAGGCAUGAUAGCCAUAAAAGAUGGAUUUACGGAACCAAAAUUGAGAAUAAAAUUGUUGAAGCAAUGCAAAAGAGGGAAUCUAAAGGAUCUUCGGUGAAAUCAUUCAACACUAUAAUCUUGAAAUUCCCAAAAAUUGAUGAAAGCUUUAGAAAAUGCAAAGCCAUAUUUGAGCAGUUUGAUGAGGAUUCGAAUGGGGUAAUAGAUCGAGAAGAGUUGAAAAAUAGUUUCAGUAAACUGGAAAUUUCUAUUACUGAGGAGGACUUGAAUGAUCUCUUUAAAGCAUGUGACGUCAAUGAAGAUAUGGGAGUGAAGUUCUCUGAGUUCAUUGUACUCCUUUGCCUUGUCUACCUUCUCACAGACGAUCCAGCAGCCCUUCACAUUAAAUCACAAAUUGGGUUGCCGGAUCUAGAGGCCACGUUCGAGACUUUGGUCGAUGCAUUUGUGUUUUUGGACAAGAACAAGGAUGGUUAUGUCAGCAAAAGCGAGAUGAUUGAGGCGGUAAAUGAAAGCCGGGAGCGUUCUUCCGAAAGAAUAGCAAUCAAAAGAUUUGAAGAAAUGGAUUGGGAUAAAAAUGGAAUGGUGAGCUUCAAGGAGUUCCUUUUCGCGUUUACUAGGUGGGUUGGAAUCGACGACAAGGAAGAUGAAGAGGCCUGAGGCCUGAAGCUUGUCAUCUAUAAGUGCCUUAUACUGCUUCUGUUGUUAGUAGCUGGUAAUAAAAAAACAAAAUGUUUCAGGCUCCAAAGAAACCUGAAAAUUAAAAAAAUGGAGGCUUUUCUUGUUUUAGUUUGCAAUAAAGGGCUGGUUGCUACACUUUGAUCUGCAAUAAACCUUUCAUAGAUGAAGUUCAUUUGUAAAUAGGCAGAAAAGUGUGUAUAACUGUGAGUGCUAUGUUGAAGAUGUGUUAAAAUAUUUUACCUUGUAACUGCUACCAUGUUUAUUAGACAGCCUUCUUCAGUA